AUGAAGAUGAUCACGGAAAGGAAACUGAACGAUGAGACGUUGAGCGAGGAGGAGCAAAACUUGAUCAUGUGGUUACGUCCGAAGAUCAAAGAUUCCAGGUUCUUGAGCUCGUUAGAUAGGAAGAUACCAAAAUACGCCGUGGAAAGCAUUGUGAGCUGUUUGGCUUCUCUCAUGGAGCAUUGGGAGCCACCUCCAGAAGAAGAAGAUUCAUAUCCAGAGGAUACCACUAUUCUCCUCGAGAAGUUCUCUCUAUCAGCACAUGCUAGUUUCGUCAUGUUAUGCGAAAAUCGUGUCACCACUCGCAUAUUUUGUCUCGCAUAUGUUCCUUCAGAUACCAAGUAUAGUAAUUCAUCCUCCGUGGUCCGUGAAAGAGAGAUAGAGAGUGAGCAAGGUGUCUCCUUUCGAAGCGCUUGUGCUUUCUCCUUCCGUAUAAUCUCCAUGGCGUGUGUUUCGAAUGAGACCCAGAUCGAAAUCGACAUUGACGACCAGGUGGAAGCUCCGGUUCGUUACGGGUCUAUUGAGCGCGUAUACUCCGUUUCGCCAUUGUCAUUGUGCUGUAUUAGCGCCGUCGGUGCCCACAGUCUGAUGUCCAAGAAGGUCCAGGCCCAGAAGCUUCCGAUGAUUGAGAAAUUUGAUGUCGAAGAAAACGGCGUGAGCUCCCCUGCCGAUUGUUGUCAAUUGGAUGAUUACAAGCUGCGGACUCAGCGUCCAGAGAUUAUUCGCGUCUACUGUCGCCGCCGUAAGAGGCCACGGCGGGAGCCUUUCCUGAAGUCUGUUAAAACCGAAAGUUUGGAGCUUGAUGAUGCAAACGCUUGGUUUGAGGAGAAGAAACAGAAGAAAAUGAGGAUUGGUAAUUGCGAGCUAGAUAAAUUGAGUGUGGAUUCGAUUGGGAUUAGGACUUCUACUCUUCCGAGCUUGAGGGGUUGCAGGAAUAAGCAAAUUGGGUCAUCCCCAAAGAAGCGGAGUUCUGCCAAGAAGAAGGAAGAGGUGUCUCUGGCUUCUGCUUCAGCUAAGAGAUGGGUCAGGUUGAGUUAUGAUGGUGUGGAUCCUAAAAGUUUCAUAGGGCUACAAUGCAAGGUUCUUUGGCCACUGGAUGCUCUUUGGUAUACAGGUACUAUUAUCGGAUACAUUUCAGAGAACAAGCGUCACACUGUUAAAUAUGAAGAUGGAUCUGAGGAGAAUCUAGCUCUUGAUUGUGAAAAGAUCAAAUUUUUCGUUUCUCGUGAAGAGAUGGAGCUGUUACAUAUGAAGGUUUGUAUCAAUGAUGUGACUGUUGGUGGCCGCGAUUACGAUGAUAUGGUUGUAUUGGCAGCUACUUUGGAGGGAUGUCAAGAUUUUGAGGCUGGAGACAUUGUAUGGGCGAAACUAGCUGGACAUCCUAUGUGGCCAGCAGUUAUUGUGGACGAAUCUGUUGUGGGAGAGCGGAAAGGUCUAAACAACAAAGUAUCUGGAGGAAGGUCACUCUUGGUACAAUUUUUUGGCACACAUGAUUUUGCGAGAAUAAAGGAAAAGCAAGCAACCUCAUUUAUCAAAGGGCUUCUCUCGCCGUCUCUCUUGAAGUGCAAACAACCUCGGUUUGAAGAGGGCAUGCAGGAAGCAAAAAUGCAAGUCCUCUCGCUUUUCACUGGCUUCUUGAUUCUCUACUUUCUGAAAGAACAUAGGCUUCCAGAAAGGAUGAGUCAACUUCAAAAAGGAACUUAUUUUGAUUGUUCUGAAAGAACUAGCUGUACAGAAGAGGGCAGCUCAAACUCGGGUGAUGAUCACUUUACGGAUGGAGAAGUGUGGUUGAGACCUACAGAACGUGUAGAUUUCCGGUAUACCAUAGGGGAUCUGCGAAUAGUAAAUCUUGGAAAGAUUGUGACAGACUCCCAGUUUUUCAAGGAUGAGAAUCAUAUAUGUCCUGAAGGGUAUACAGCUAUGAGAAAGUUCACAUCACUAAAAGAUCAUAGUGCAUCUGCCCUGUACAAGAUGGAAGUGCUCAGAGAUGCCGAGUCAAAGACUCGCCCUCUGUUUAGAGUGACUGCAGAUAGUGGAGAGCAGUUCAAAGCGCAUACACCAUCGGCCUGCUGGAGUAAAAUAUAUAACAGAAUCAGAAAGGUCCAAAGUGCUACUGAUGGUCCCACUGUUUUUGGGGAAGAACUAAAUGGAUCUGGGACAGACAUGUUUGGUCUCUCCAACCCAGAAGUCAUUAAACUUGUACAGGCUUUGUCAAAAUCCAGACCACCGUCCUCUAUGUGCAAAAUUGGUUUGGGAAGGCAUCAAGAUUAUCCUACUGGUUACCGACCUGUUCGUGUUGACUGGAAAGAUCUCGAUAAGUGCAAUGUCUGCCACAUGGAUGAGGAGUAUGAGAACAAUUUGUUCCUGCAAUGUGAUAAAUGUAGAAUGAUGGUCCAUGCUAGAUGCUAUGGAGAACUAGAACCCUGUGAUGAUGCUUUGUGGUUAUGCAACUUAUGUCGUCCUGACGCUCCUGAUAUACCUCCACGGUGUUGUAUUUGUCCUGUAGUAGGGGGUGCGAUGAAGCCGACAACUGAUGGGCGCUGGGCUCAUCUAGCCUGUGCUAUAUGGAUCCCAGAAACAUGUUUAUCUGAUGUGAAGAAGAUGGAACCGAUUGAUGGGGUGAAUAAAGUCAAUAAGGAUCGCUGGAAAUUACUGUGCAGCAUCUGUGGGGUAUCUUAUGGAGCUUGUAUCCAAUGUUCGAACAAUUCUUGCCGUGUGGCGUAUCAUCCACUCUGCGCGAGAGCUGCUGGUCUCUGUGUUGAGCUUGAGAAUGAGGACAGACUUAAUCUUCUAUCAACGGUGGAGGAAGAAGCAAAUCAGUGUAUCCGCAUGCUUUCAUUCUGCAAGAGGCAUCGACAAACAUCAACUGCCUGCCUAGAAUCAGAAGACAGGAUGAAACCAGUUACUAAUAAAACUUCCGAAUAUCUCCCACCAUCUAAUCCAUCUGGCUGUGCUCGGACUGAGCCUUAUAAUCGUUUUGCAAGAAGAGGACGGAAGGAACCUGAAGCUCUUGCGGCUGCUUCUUCAAAGCGGUUAUAUGUAGAGAAUCAGCCAUAUGUUAUUGGUGGUUACUCUCGACAUGCGUUUUCUUCCUAUCAGCGGAUUCAUGGAUCAAAGAUGUCACAGAUGAAUACUCCAAGCAACAUCCUCUCCAUGGCCGAGAAAUAUAAAUACAUGAAGGAAACAUACAGGAAGAGAUUAGCAUUUGGGAAAUCAGCAAUUCAUGGUUUUGGCAUCUUUGCAAAGCUUCCGCACAAAGCCGGAGAUAUGAUGAUUGAAUACACUGGAGAACUUGUUAGACCUUCAAUAGCUGACAAAAGAGAACGUCUAAUCUACAAUUCAAUGGUGGGUGCGGGGACUUACAUGUUUAGAAUUGAUGAUGAGCGAGUCAUAGAUGCUACAAGGACAGGAAGCAUUGCCCACCUCAUUAAUCACUCCUGUGUGCCAAAUUGCUAUUCGAGAGUCAUCACUGUUAAUGGGGAUGAACACAUUAUCAUUUUCGCAAAGAGGGAUAUCUCUAGAUGGGAAGAGCUGACCUAUGACUAUAGGUUCUUUUCAAUCGAUGAGCGGCUUUCAUGUUCCUGUGGCUUCCCAGGGUGUCGAGGUGUUGUCAAUGACAAAGAAGCUGAAGAACAACAGUCGAAAAUAUAUGUUUCUCGUUGUGAUCUAAUUGAUUAUACCGAACAGUAA